AAAAUGUUUGGGAAUAAAAAACGUAAAAUGGCUUUGGAAAUUUGUGCGCUAAUCUGAAGCCUGCCAACGUACAAGUUUAAAGUUUGUUUUCACUGUAAUAAAAAUCAUGUCAUUUUCAGAUCUUUACGCUAAAUAUAAUUGUACAUAUUGUCAAGAGGAAAUAAACGGCGUAAGAGUUAAAUGUACUGAAUGUGUUGAUUUUGAUAUUUGUUUGCAGUGUUUUUCUCUUGGUGCUGAAAUCGGACAGCACAAAAACGAUCAUUCAUAUCAGUUUGUGGACUCUGGGGCUUUUGGAAUAUUUUUAGGACGUAGUAGCUGGUCAGCUAACGAAGAAGUAAGAUUAUUAGAUGCCAUAGAACAAUUCGGCUUUGGUAACUGGGAGGAUAUAGCAAAACAUAUUGAAACAAGAACUCCUGAAGAAGCAAAAGAUGAAUACAUUACUAGGUACCUGGAAGGCACCAUAGGCAAAGCAACAUGGGGCAAUAUUGAAAGUACAUCUCGCCCAUCACUACAUUGUGCAGAUAAAGAUGAUGGCCCACUUGGUCCAACUGCAGUGUCUCGACUACCAAACCUAGCUAUAACAGUAGACGAAGCAGCACAACUUGGGUAUAUGCCAAAUAGAGAUGAUUUUGAAAGAGAACAUGAUCAUGAGGCAGAGCAGUUGAUCUCAACAUUAUCAUUAAAUCCAGAAGAUGAUGAAUUAGAUGUUGCACUAAAGCUAUCACAAGUUGAUAUAUACAUCAGAAGACUGAGAGAGAGAACGAGACGAAAAAGAUUAGUUAGAGAUUUCCAGUUAGUGUCUGUCUUCUUCAACAAUCAGAGGAAUAAACAGAAGACCCUAGGAAAACUUGCCAAAGAAAAAAAAGAGUUCACGGAGCGGCUACGAUGGAUGGCCCAAUUCUACGGGCGCGCUGAGCAGGCGUGCGUGUCGAGCGGGCUGUGGCGGGAGCGCGAGCUGCGCGUGCGGCUGGCGGAGCUGCACCGGUACCGGCUGGCCGGCGUCACGCGGCUGGAGGAGUGCGCGCACCACGACCAGCACGCCGCGCUCAGGCGCUCCACGCACCACGACCGGAACGGUAGCAGUGGGUGCCCGGAAACCAAUCAGACAAGAGAUCAAACAUCGAUCAACUCGCUGCAGCAAAGAAAAAGAGACGGCGAAAGCGGCUCAAAUUCCACCAGCCCAAAGUGCACACGGGACGGAAGUACCGCAUGUGGAUGCUCCAAAAAGAGCUCAUGCAACAGCAACAGCGCAGGAUGCUCGAGGAAUCUGCUCACCACUAAUGAGAUACAGUUGUGUUCGGCGUUGAGCCUGCCGCCGGCGCAGUACGUGACGCUGAAGGGCGUGUUGCUCCGCCGAGCGCCCGCGCCCGACUGCGACCUCGACCUCUCCGUCACGCACUACUUGCACGCCGCCGGAUGGAUACGGAACUAGCUCAGGUCUACUACCAUCUUGCUAUCAUCAUAAUAGGGAUUUUUUUCAAACUACCUUACUAAAAUCCCUAAAGAUUUGUAAAUUGUUUAGAAACCAUCAAUUUUAAAUAAAAUUCGUUAAAAGUAUUAAAAUAAAAUAAAUUAACGCCAAAACGUAUGCAUAUAUUACAGUUAGUAGUUUAUUGGAUACGGUCAAUGUUAUAAGCAAACAGUCUGUACAAUUAUUUGUGAUUUUUUUUUAUUGCCUUAGCAGGCAGACGAGCGUACGGCCCACCUGAUGUUAAGGGGUUACCGUCGCUCAUGGACGUCAGGAAUGCCAGGGGCAGAAACAAGCCGCUGGCUACCGCUAAAUUACAAUAGGAUUCGAACGGAAUAAAAAUUAUUUCGGCGAUUAAGGAAAAUAUCGUAUAGCCAUUGCAUUCUUCACUUAGUUAACGUUUACAAUGUUUUCAAUUGGACAUAGUUUGCGCUAAAAGAAGUUCAUGGUACCAAAGCAGGCUAGCAAAGGAGUUCUCCGAAAACCUUGAUAUUGUGACCUAGUGAUAUUUAUUGACUUUUAUCUGGUGCCAUUUUAAAAUUUCACAAAUGACUUGUGUUUAAUUUAUUUGCCAAACUAAGACCUUUGUUGAUCGUAGCCUAAGUAAGCUCUUGUGCAUACAAUAAAUUUCGGAAUUGUGCAUAAUUCCAUUUCAGAUUGUCAAUUAAACAAACAAACAAAACAAAAAAAGUACUAAAAAGUACCUACUCAUAUUUUAAAUAGUGACCUAUUGUUAUACCAUUAACUAUUUCAUUUCACUAAAAGACUCGACAGUUGAAGUAGUACUUUUAUGAGAGUUUUACGCAUAAUAAGAGUGUGUGAAAACGGCUUAAAGGAGACACGUGCGUCUAGAACUCUGCUAGACUCUAGAAGGUGAAUUCUGACACGCUAAGUAAUCACUUAGCGUUAGCAAGAAAUCUCAUGAAAUUAUUCAUGAAGUGUGAUGAAAUAAUACGAUGAAUAAAAAAAGACAAUUAUAUGAUAAAUAUUUUGAAAAUAAUGUAAGCCAACAUAUUUGUAGCGCAGAGCAGCUCGAAUGCGGUCUUUGACCUUUGGUUUUGAAAGCUUUACAUUACGGGCUCACGAAAUUAUGUUAUUGUUUACUAUACAUUGAAUGUUUUGGCUUGGCUUAGCAAAAUUGAACCGGCGCUAUAUGUUAAUAUCUUUUCGCCUGCGGAUUUCGGUGCUUUUUUUCGUUUUUAAAAAUGUAAUCGGGUGAAGUUAAAUUUCUCAGAAAAAAUCCUAGCUUACAGUACAAAAUAUAUCAGUCAAAAUUAUUCGAUAGAAAACUACCGUCAUCAAAGUUGAAAUGUCUUAAACGUUUUAGUAUAACGAAAAAUAUUCAUGUUCAUUGAAACACUUUACGUUUAGGUUUUAAUUUUCAUAUAAGAGAGUUCGACUAUAUAGGUAUGAAUUAUAGAUAGAAUAUGAUAAGUCGUAAAAUGGCUCGAAAUUAAGUACAUCCUUACCAAGCCAUUGAAACAUGCAGUAAGUUCAUUAUUUAUUUUACACAUUCGCGAAGGGCUUACAUUCGAAAUACUUAUCAGAGAUUAUUGUAGCGAUUUUCAAACAUUUAAGUCGUGGUAAGAACUCGUCAAAAUUAGUAUUUGUGACGUAGCUCUCGAUUGAUAGAUGACUUUCUUGUUGGUAGCGCGAGCUGUGAAAAAUAUCACUUCAUAUAGCCAAUAUAUGAAGUUAAUAUUUACUGUUCUGUUCUCUCUGAUGGAACACUGCAAUCAUAUAAUCUAUUAUGCAUAUUUAUAAACUUUCCAUCAAUAUCAUAACGUCACGUGCUGAAAUAUUUUUUUAACUGUUUCAGUAGUCUUUCAUUUUUACAAACAAAAUUCACACUUAAAGAACAGUGCAUACGGAUUUGUAUUUUGUAUUGGAUUAAUGAUUAUUACCAUUAUAAUUAUAGUGAUAUUUUUAUUGGUGCUUCCGAAAUGUCUAAUAACAGGUUUUAUGUAUAGGAUUAUAAUUUAAAUUACUAAAAACUUUAAAAAAACACGGUACACAAUCAGCGAGUCGAAAAAUUUGUUAUUUUUCUAAAAAAAAGUUAACUAAAUAUUCAGCUGUUCAACAUAAAUAAAAUUCAGGUUGAAAGUGAGUUAAAAGUUAGUGAAGAGCAUAAUGAUAUGAAUGUGCGCCGUUUUUUUUUAUUGCCCGUGCCGGCAAACGAGCAUACGGCCCACAUGAUGGUGAGUGGUUACCGUCGCUCAUGGACGUCAGCAAUGCCAGGGGCGGAGCCUAGCCGCUGUCUACCGUAUAAUACUCUUCACAAGCCUCGUUUGAAGAAGGGCAUGACAAUUGUAUAAUGACGUCAUCGUUUAACUCCCCACUAAGAGCACUGAUUUUUUUAUUGCCUUUCUUGGCAGUCGAGCACAUGGUCCAUUGAUUGCGAGUGAUCACCAUACCUCAUGACGUCAGCAAUGCCAGGCGUCUGCCUGCCGCUGAGAUAGAGAUCUCAAACUCUGUAGAGAAAGACAUGUCAUAGCAUUCAGUAGACCGCGGGGGCACUUCAUUCCAAAGUUGGAAGGUAGUUUGCAAAAAAGUUUACGGAAGGCAUCUUGGAUCAGCACAGUGGUUGAAUAGUAAGAUGUAGGUAAAUCGUCAAAUCUGCUCCGGAGACGCACGGGGCGCUUGCGAAAAGGAGAUGACAGGAUAAUCUAAAAAACUAAAAAAAUAAACACAAUUGUGGUGUUAUUAAUUACGAAACCAGUCAAUUACCAAAAUUGUUUGGUGGUUCAAUUCCUGCAAUUGAAAAUAUGAUCGUGCACAACGCUCAUAUAAAUACGACGAACAUACAAAUGCUUUUAUAAAUAUGAAAAAAUGACACAAUGUACUUUUCAGUGAUAAAUCUAAUACAGUUCAUGUUAAUUGUUAGUACGAUUUCUGAUUAUGAAUACAAAACGGCUCGAAAUAAAACAAAAGAACAAUUAUAAUUACAAGUAAUUCUCUUCCUUAAUAUAUUGCAAAUUUCAAAUAUGUUGAAUAUAUACAUAUACAUAUAUGUAUAAUUUCCAAGUAAAACAAACCCUUUUCCGUUCCAAAUACCUAGUCUUGCCAUAAAUACUGAGACAAAGGAAAACAAAAAAUUUCUAUUGCAAAUAACAUUUAUUACUUUUACAGUGUGUUAGUUUAAUACAUAAAUAUAAAACAAUUUAAAGUAUAAAAAGCUUAUUCGAAGUGGUCUCCAUUGGCUGCAUGCAAUACAGUCCUUUAAACGUUGAGUCCAGUUAUCAAUAGAAGUACGCACUCUUUCCAUGGGAAAAUUUUUCACUGCCAAUCGUACGGAUUGUUUUAGGGACUCCAAAUUAUCAUGGUGUUUAGAGCAAGCCGUACUCUCUAAAACUGACCAUAAAUCAUAAUCCAGCGGAUUAAGAUCGGGACUAGACGACGGCCAGUCUUCAGCUCUGAUGAAGUCCGAAACGUUCGUUUCCAACCAAGACUGCGUAGACCGAGCUUUAUGACCUGGGGCCGAGUCUUGCUGGAAGGACCAUUCUUGAUUAUUGAACAUGGUGUUGUUAAGGGGCUUCACUACCUUCUCAAGAAUGGUAUCUUGAUACACUUGUGCCGAUGUUUUGAUACCUUUUUCACAAAAGUAUGGCUCAGUCACUCCUUCAUAGCUAAUAACCCACCAAACCAUCACUGAAGUGAUGCCCACGUUGCACUCUGUCGACUAAUUGGGAAGCUUCCUUAGAGCUUUGAGCAUAAAUACGGUCAUUUUGUUUGUUAAAAUGUUGCUCAAUUGUAAAAAUAUUCUCAUCCGUAAACAAAUUUUUUCUAUGACCUCCCUUUGUGUACCGCUUCAGUAGCUCUUUCGAUUUUACCACCCUAUUCUCUUUUAAAUUAUUAGUUAAGGUAGGUAAGGUAGUUAUAGGCUGCAAGUCCUAAGUUAUCUUUUAAAAUACGCGACAUGGUUCUAGGUGCUAUAUUCAUUUCCCGAGAUAAAAUCUUUUGCUUUCGGACAGGAUUUCUUCGAAUUCUUUCUCUUACUGCUUUGACCACCUUUUUCGUACGAACACUACGUGGACGGCCAGAUCUUUUUCUGUCACAAACAGAGGAGGUCUCAUUGCACCUAUUAAUAGCCCGGUACACAAACAUUUUACUAAUCCAAGCGUGCGGAGAGUUUUUAAAAUUGCAUUUGGCUCCAUACCUACUUUGUGUAAUGCAAUCACAGCGAUUCGAUUCUCUUUAUCACCCCACUCCAUUUUAAUAUCGCAAAAUAUUGUACAAUGUAUUGGCGCCAAAAUGAGAAAACUCAAUGAGCAAUCAUAUAAAAAUGACAGAUUCCAAAUUCAAAUGUAAUAUUUUGUUUAUUUUUAAUUGUAACAGUAUUUAUGGCCAGACUAAGUAUAUGUUAAUACUUUGACGAUAGAAAACGAAAACGACCUGAUAGUGAGUGUUCUGUCUGUUUAUAGACAGAAGCUUUGAUAUAGAAUACGAAAAUUGAGAGAAAAAAUUAAGGAAUCAAUGAUAUUAAGUUAACUUUUAAGUAUGAGUUUCCAUAAAGAAACUUAACCUAACAUAUGAAACACUUAUAUAGUACACAAGGUAAUGGAUGAUUAUGUAAAUUAAAGCAACUAUUGAUUAGAAUUUUAAUGGCCUUUAUAUUAAUGUGACAAUUGAUCAAUGUCCUUGUGUAUUAUGUAUGUACCUAAUGUUCAGAGAGGCGCGGCGGCACGUAUUAAGAGUUGCAUUUUUUAAAACCACUAAACAUGUUUUAACAAAGGUUAUUCUCAUUUAAGGAUCAUUUAACACUAUUUAUUAUAUAUGACAUAAUUUUAGCUGAAUAGAAUUACCAUAAAAUAUUUUUUUGUUUAUAAUAUUCAAUAAAAUUUUGAAUAUGCCUCACUUUUGUACUUGUAAAAAUAAAAAAAUUACAAUUUUAAAAAAAGUAUCGCUCUUAUAGUCCUUUUCAUUCUGGUGUUAAAAUUUUUAUAAAACAAGUGAAAGAGGUACCGAGGAAAGCAAUUAUAAUUAAAAUCUUCGCGUAUCUAUUUAUUUGCUUGAGUUAUUGAUGGUAACAAAGAACCAUUACUUCUAGGUAGUUUUACAAAGUAAAAUUUCUUAUCAUUUAAUAUAUUAUGUUACACCUACUUAAAUAAACAUAUGGGUGUAACAGUAGAAAAAAAAGGACAGCUCACUUCACAUUAUGAAUUUCGAAAAUAAAUGCUGGUAGUAUAAUUUCAGAUGAUAUAUGUAUAUCAUCUAAACAUAUAUAGAUAAAUAAGUGGUAAAACACCAAAAUACUAUUUCCUCCAGUUGUAUGUCAACCAAUUUCUUUUUUUUUGGUCAGUAGUUAUCUACGAAUUGGAGUAGGUACUAUUAAGAAAACAAUUUGGAAAUAUAUAUUUGUUUUCAAUAUGUCAUAAACAGAAUAUAAAAUUUAAUACAUAAAUAUGUAUAUAUAUAUAUUGAUCCAAAUCUUGAGGUGUCAGUAAUAAUUUAAUUUCGAUAGUUGGAAGAAUGCUAGUUAAAUUAAUUCUACAUAUUUAUCUUCAAGGUGUUAAGCAGUACAAGGAUUGGAUAAAAUUUUUACAAAAAUCACUUGAACGGUUUCGUGUUUGCCUUUAUUUUGGGUACUAGAAUUUUUUAUUUAACUAUAAUUAUUUUAAAAAACAAUUCUCUUCAAAUAAAUCGUAUAGUUAUUUGUAUUAAUACAUUAGGACCAAUUACAAUAUUAAAUGUUCAAUUUGCAAAGAUAAAUAUGUUCCACCUUAUCUUAGCUUAUCCCACUGAAUAUUCUCAUAAUAUAAAUACAUAUACAUUACAAUUUGACAGAAUUUGUUGAUGUAAAAAUGCCUCAAAGGUCCAUUCAUUAUUCUGGAGACAAAGUUAUUAGACUAUAAGUAAAUAAGUGCAUUUGAAUGACGGAUUGUUUUGUUGUGAAUAUUUAAUUCAUCCACGUUUUAAUAAAUUAAUUGUAUAUGUAAGUAAACGUAUAAUAAAAUUAUGACGUUAAUGUAUUGUGGUAAUUUGUUAACAAGCGUUACGAAUUGUGUGAAAAUGUGGACAGAUUUUUAUAUUUCUAGCAUACGAUGGUUCCUGCGCAGUAAUAUAUUUAAUAUUGUGGUAUCUUCAUUGAAACUGCAUAGGUUAAAGCUGUGUGACCAAAAAUUAAAAGUCCAAUGUUACUUAAACUUUGCUGUAGCAGUAACUUGGCUGUGGCUAGCUCAUAUUUAUAAAUAAUUUUAGUUUUAUAAUGUUUGUAUUAUUAUUUUAAAAUAUGUUUAAACUGGGUAGGUAUGUAACGAUUUCGUAAUCUUUAAAUUGAUUUUAAUUAGUUUCAAUUAAACACCCUGUAUAUUUUUCCUAGAAAGGGUUCCGUUUUAAUGUGAUCUCUUGUAUGAAAGGUUCUACAUUUUUUUAGUUAAUUUAUUAAGACACUUUUAUACCUUGCAAUAUUGUACAAACAGCAAAUGCAGAACAUAAAAAACAAAACAAGAAAUAUAAUUUAUUUGGCAUAUUACAAAUGUAAAUUUUUAAUGUAGCGAGAAGUGGCACAGACGCACUAUUUUAUUAAUAUUAUUAUUUUGUUUUUUUCAAAAGAGCUAAAGUUUGCAUGCUGAGAAAAUACAAAUUAUUGUUAAUAAAAUAGAACCUUAUUUAAUAUUAUCAUUGAAACAAGGUAAAAAAGUGUAUAUGUAUGUAGCUUCCAAACUGUGCUGGGUGUCACGUGAACUGUUAUAGAAUGAUUAUGGUUAUUUGUUAUGUCAUAAAUUAGUUAUUAAUAAAUAAAAUAUACUUUUGUAAGUUUUUUGUAAUCGGGUGACUACCACAUUAUGCAAUUUUCAUUUUGGUCGUAUUGUAAUCUCAACAUAUUUUAGUUUUUAUUUUGCACGACAAAACUUUGCAAAAAGCAAACACAUAAUAAUAUCUUUGUGCUGAUACGUGUUUAUUUGUCAGUGUAUACAUAUUUAUUUACGUAUUUCCAACUCUUGUUUUUUUUCUUUAGUGAAAUCUAUAAAAGACUUAACACCGCCGUUGUAUCUAACAACGCUUUUAGUAAAAUAUUUAUUACUUUGUUUUUUAUGCUGUUAGCACAAUAAAUUGCGCUCAAACUGUUGCCUUAAGCGACAAAUAAAUACGAUGGUUUAUUCCCAACGAGUUUAAAUGUUAUAAUUUAAUAUAAGCGCAACGAGUUCAAUGGAAAUGCAAAUAAUAAAUUUUUGACUUAUAGGUGUAUCGUUUUUAAAAGAGUACAAUUCGGUAAUGGAUAAACGAAAAUAUGAUUGUAAUUUAAAUCAUAAAUGAUGUAUUAAAAAAAUAAAUAUUUCAUUACA